AUGCAUCUAGCGAAGACCUUGAUCCGAGGGGACCAAACGACCCGACCAACGUAUCAGGUUACGGGCCUGACUCGCCCUUUCCUAACGUUGGCUGCUCUUUAUACAGAUGACGAGCAGCUCCACUGCGGCUCCGUCAAGCUGGUGUGCGCUUUUAUCUAUGUGAGGCUGAUGAUCUUUUCUUACCGCAUUCUGAGGUUGGACCGCGUUUUCACGGGCCCUACCGUGUACGCACACGCCGUUUUCAUAGGCGGUCUACUCGCCGUUUAUGACGCGGAUUUUCCAUUCGGGAUACCGGUGUAUGUGAUUCAAGUCGGUCUUAUGACUUCGUUGCAUAGAUUUGUGGCGGACUACGUGCAAAGAAAGAUGUGGGUGUUCACUAACCCCGCCUUCGAUGAGAAGCCAUAG